AUGACAGACUACAUAUUGGUCCACCGAUUCAACGCGAUCUUCUUGGCGUUUGUCUACGCUUCCGGCAGCACCAAUAUGUUUUAUGCGCAGAUGUCGAAAAGAUGUUUCGAGGCACACACCAAUUUUCAGCGCAUUGUUUGGCGCAAGACUGAGAAUGAACCUAUGCUUAAUUUUCGCAUGCUGACGGUUACCUACGGAUUGGCACCGUCACCAUUUCUGGCUGUUCGAGUUCUAAAGCAACUUGCCGACGAUCAUGGCCAUGAAUACCCUGCAGCAGCUCACGCUCUUCUGCACGAUGCCUAUGUGGACGAUAUCCCUACAGGCGCCAACACAUUCGAGGAGCUUAUGAUUCUCAAAGACGAGCUUAUAGCCCUCUUGGAUAAGGGAAAAUUCAAGCUACGCAAAUGGAGUUCUAAUAGUUGGCGUCUUCUGAAAUCAUUACCAGAGGAAGAUAGAUGUUUUGAACCUAUCCAGCUCCUCAACAAAUCAGCUGCAGAUUCACCUGUCAAAGUUCUUGGUAUCCAAUGGAACCCUGGGAAGGACGUUCUGUAUCUCAACCUAAAGGGAUGCAAUGCGACCAUUUCUCCGACGAAAAGAGAACUCUUGUCUCAGCUAUCAAGAAUUUAUGAUCAGCUUGGACUGGUAGCGCCGGUCACAGUUCUACUCAAGCUAAUCUUCCAAGAAAGCUGGACAAGUGUCCUGCAGUGGGACGACCCCAUUCCUGAAAGUCUACGUACGCGCUGGAGAGCCUUAGUUGAGGAUUUGCCAGCACUUACGCAAUGCCAAGUACCAAGGUAUAUUGCGUCACCAUUUCGAGAUGUUCAACUACACGGAUUCGCCGACGCAUCCUCGCACGGCUACGGUGCGGUAGUUUACGCUCGAGUUGCAGUUGGAUGCAGCUUUCAAGUAACUCUGGUUGCCGCCAAAACACGGGUGGCCCCGAUCAAGCCCGUAUCAAUUCCACGUUUGGAGCUAAACGCUGCGUUACUUCUAUCUCGAUUGCUUUCUAUUGUCAAAACAUCACUAACAAUUCCUCUUUUCAGCACGAGCUGCUGGACAGAUUCAGAAAUUGUGCUACACUGGCUUUCAGCUCCCCCUCGACGGUGGAACACCUACGUCUGCAACCGAACUUCUGAGAUAUUGAGCGACUUUCCCCGUAGCUGCUGGAACCAUGCUCGCACGGAAGACAAUCCUGCUGAUUGUGCUUCCCGAGGACUUCAUCCGUCAAAGCUUCUGGAGCAUCGACUGUGGUGGAAAGGUCCGUCCUGGCCGACCACACCCACCUCUGAGUGGCCACCUUCUACAAGCAAGUUCAGCGUAUCUUCAAGUUUCGAUGUCAACACCGAAGAACGAGCCAUAAAGCCCACGACUCUACAUAACAUUCCUGAUGAAAGUAUACACGAGUUACUCAUCCACAAAUUCUCAACCUGGACGCGUCUUAUAAGGGUAUCUAGCUACUGUCAUCGCUUUAUUCACACUCUUCGAUCUCAUCAUAGGAAUUCGGCACCAUUCCUUACGUCUGAAGAGUUGCUGGACGCACAGCGCCGACUUAUUCGACAUGUGCAACAAAAAUCCUUUGCCAGAGAAUAUGCGCAGCUAGAGAAUCGACGCCAGCUUAACGCUAAAUCGCAUCUUAUCCGGUUUUCUCCGUUUCUGGAUGAUUAUGGAGUAAUGCGAGUCGGUGGGAGAAUCAAGCAAUCUACACUCAACUACAACGCCAAGCACCCGAUUCUGAUACCCAAAGAUACACCACUAGCUGGACUGCUGGUUCGACAUUUUCAUGUCUCCUAUCUGCACACUGGAGUUGAUGCAACGUUCACCAAUCUUCGUCAGCAGUACUGGAUUCUGGGAGCCCGCAAUCUCGUCAGAAAGGCAGUCUUCCAAUGCAAAUCCUGUUUUCUUCAACGAAAGUGCACAAGCAACCAGAUCAUGGGAGAGCUACCAAUUCCUCGAGUUCAAGCUAGCCGCUGCUUUCAACACACAGGGCUGGACUACGCUGGACCGAUCGCAAUCAAGGAAUCAAAAGGAAGAACUCCACGCAUCGGAAAGGCAUGGUUUUCUAUUUUCGUGUGCCUCACUACAAAGGCACUUCACAUCGAGGUUGUUAGUGAGCUAACUACACAGGCUUUCUUCGCAGCCUUUCAACGAUUCAUUGCCCGCCGAGCGAAGUCUACUGACCUGUAUUCGGACAACGGAACUACAUUUCAUGGAGGCAAGCAAACUUUGGAUGGCAUGAGACGUCUGGCCAUUCAGCUUGGAUCAAAGGCUUUAAGGUUUGAGGAGCUCUCUACUGUCCUGACCCAAAUUGAAGCUAUCCUGAAUUCACGCCCUCUAAAUGGAUUCUUGGCCCCAUCACCGCAGUGCACGCAGGAAUCGACGACAAGGUCCGAGUCGUUACAGUGA